AUGUCUUCCUACGCUCUUCGAAGAGCCCAGACAGACAACCACUACGGCUAUCCUCAACGCCAAAUAUCCACCACCUCCACUGUAUCAUCCGCCUACUCUGCUGCAUCGAGCGCCUUUGCACCCAGUAGAACAAGCACAGUGACAUCGACGAAUUCGAGUACUUACGCAAGAGGCUCACCGGGACAUAAACGUGGUGUUAGUGAAGCCGGAGACAUGACUCCCACAAAGAUCCAGGGCGGCCACUCGAGCAUCGAAAACAGCCCAGAUCACAUGUAUCGAAACAUCCGCCAGACAUUGCGACCUUUACCCCAGGCCCCAUCCCCAAACUCCACUCCCAACACCAAAAGACCGAUAGCUCACCAUACUCGUGCGCAAACAAUCGAUCACUAUCCUCAAGUUCAGUCUGAAGACCCCUUCAUUGAGAAACAUUCACAUGAGCACGCUUCAGAGGCCAGAAACCCAAGACCACAUCUCCACCAUGCCGCUACAAGCCCCCAUGGCACAACCUUCAAAGCCCCCGACUUGCAAGAGCUUCAAAAGUCCUCUACAUCACACUUGCGAGCAUUGUCACGGUUCGCACAGAACGGAGAUGUCGAGGAAUAUGGGAUCGACAAGCCCAGUCCUUCCGUGGUUGGACUACACAACAGAAGGCAAUUGAAGCGUGCUGAAUCCGCCAUGGGUGUUGACCGCUCCGCAGCUAAAGGCUAUGGAUGGGGCGAACGGAACUGGAUGGACAAACAGCGUCAAUUUCUAGCUGCCUAUGAAUACCUCUGCCACAUAGGAGAAGCAAAAGAAUGGAUUGAAGACAUCAUCCACCAACCAAUACCUGCAAUCGUUGACCUGGAGGAAGCUUUGCGGAAUGGUGUCACCUUGGCUGAGAUCGUCCAAGCAUUCCACCCAGAACAAACCCUCAGGAUCUUUCGAAACCCGAAAUUACAAUACAAGCACUCGGACAAUAUCGUCAUGUUUUUCAGAUUCCUUUCGGAGGUCGGACUCCCCGAUCUGUUUCGCUUCGAGCUGAUCGAUCUCUACGAGAAGAAGAAUACCCCGAAAGUCAUAUACUGCAUCCACGCACUGUCGUGGCUACUCUACCGCAAAGGCAUGGUGGAUUUCCGCAUCGGUAACUUGGUCGGCCAGCUUGAAUUUGAGCACCAUGAAUUGGAACAAACACAACGUGGUCUCGACAAGGCUGGGGUCAGUAUGCCUAGUUUUUCGGGUAUGGGUGCAAGUUUCGGUGCUGAACCAGAGCCAGAGCCAGUGGAAUCAGAAGAGGAACGAAUUGACCGGGAACUCCAAGAGCAGAGUGCAGGCAUUGCCGAUUUCCAGACUCAGGUUCGUGGUGCUCUCGUCAGACUUCGCCUAGGCGACAUGAUGCAGGCUUUAUGGGAUUCCGAAGAAACCUUCACAGACCUUCAGUCACGGAUUCGAGGAGAUUGGGCAAGACAAAUCACCGAUUACAAACUCGACAUGCAGAGGUUUGCCACUAAUCUUCAAGCGUCUUCCCGUGGCUUCCUUGCGCGUUCAAGAGACCAGCAGAAAGAGCAGAUGUGGAGAUCGAAAGAAAAGGACAUACUGAAGCUUCAAAGUUUGUUCCGGGCAGGCAAAGCCAGAGCAGAGGUUCGAUCCAUCAAGUCUCACGUUCGCAAACAUGAUCAAGGAAUUCGACAACUACAAGGGGCAAUCCGCGGGGCUCUGGCCAGAAGAGACGUCUUCGACCAGUACGAAGCUACUAGAACAUCUGAAAAUGAAGUCCUUGGUCUUCAAGCUGCCGUGAGAGGCAUGCUUGCCAGAAAUCAGAUUCAGAAAAACCAUGCCUAUCUCCACAGACAAGAAAAGGCAAUCACUCAGCUUCAGUCCGCCACACGAUCAUUCCUGGCGCAUAGAAAGCAAGCAAACCUCCAAAGAGCUCUCGUACAAUCUACUGUCAAGUGGACAAGUUUACAAGCUCUAAUUCGCGCAGCAGAUGUGCGAAGAGACAUUGCGGGUUUGAGACGAGCACUGAAAUCAGAAUCACCAUCUAUUGUCCACUUCCAAUCUUCACUCCGAGCAGCAAACACCAGAGAGACGUACAACUCUCUAAAACUCGCUCUGAUCAGACAAUCAACAGCAACCAUACCUCUUCAAGGGUCAAUCCGAGGCUUUCUCCUCCGCAAGAGUCUAAAGUCUCAGAGGACUCUUCUAGAAAGACAUGCUCCUGAGCUCACGCAUCUACAAGCUGUUGCUCGUGGGUCUAUGCUCAGGCUUCAGACAGGGGAACUCUUGGGCAACUUGGACCAAAAUCAUGAUGCAAUUGUUGAACUACAAGCUACCAUUCGAGCCAUGCUUAGCCGAGGUCGUGCCGGAGAUUUGCUCGCUGAGUUGGAUGAGCACCAUGAAUCAAUCGUUGAUGUGCAGACGUUCAUCAGAGCAGCAGCUAUCCGGAGCAAAUUUGUUGAAAAGCAACGAUUUUUCAAGGAAAACAUGGAGAAAGUUGUAAAAAUCCAGAGUGUUGUCCGAGCCAAAAUUCAAGGCAAAGCCUAUAAGAGUCUGACUUCGGGCAAAAACCCUCCUGUCGGCACAUUGAAGGGAUUCGUCCAUUUACUCAACGAUAGCGACUUUGAUUUCGAGGAAGAAGUGGAGUUCGAAAGAUUGCGAAAGACUGUUGUGCAGCACGUCCGACAAAAUGAACUUGUGGACCAGUAUGUAACACAGCUUGAUCUCAAAAUUGCCCUCUUGGUCAAGAACAAGAUCACUCUUGACGAAGUCGUCAAGCAUCAAAAACAUUUUGGUGGCCAUGUCGGUAGCUUAUUGCCAAACUCUGACCUCUCUUCCAAAGAUCCCUUUGACCUCAAAGCUCUCAAUAAGACAUCACGAAGAAAACUUGAGCACUAUCAAGAGUUGUUUUUCCUCCUUCAGACCCAGCCACAAUAUCUAUCGAGGUUGUUCAAGAGAAUUCGAGAACAGGCGACUGCCGAAAAGGAAUGCGAAAGGAUCAAGCAUCUCGUCAUGGGACUCUUUGGCUAUGCUCAGAAGCGAAGAGAAGAGUACUAUCUUGUCAAGCUAAUUGUCAGGUCCAUCAAGGAAGAAGUUGACGCUUCAAUCUCUCUUCAGGACUACCUACGAACCAAUUCUUUUUCCAAUAAGCUAUUUGCUGCGUACAGCAAGUCUCCUCGUGAUCGGAAAUUCUUGAGAGAUGUUCUUGGUCCUUUGGUCAAGGAGAACAUCAUCGAUAACCCGUCCCUCGACCUUGAAAGUGAUCCACUGCAGAUCUAUCUGUCUGCAAUCAAUGACGAGGAGUUGAGGACUGGGCGACAGAGUCAACGAGAUCCGAAUGUGCCAAGAGAGGUUGCAAUCCGAGAUCACGAAACUCGAGCCACAUUUAUUGCACACAUGCAAGAUCUUCGAGACAUCACCGACCAAUUCUUCUUAUGUCUCGAGGAUUGUCUCCUGCGAAUGCCUUUUGGAGUUCGCUUUGUUGUACAACAGAGAUUCGAAGCACUCUUGGAACGAUACCCUGGAGAAGAAUCUGGGUUCGUGCUCCAACUUGUGGGUCAGUGGCUGUGGCGAACAUAUCUUCAACCAGCCCUUCUAGAACCCGAAAAAUUUGGUGUCGCUGACCGUGCGAUGACACAAGAACAAAAGCGAAACCUUGGAGAAAUAGCCAAAGUGUUGAACCAAGCUGCUUCCGGGCGUGAGUUUGGUGGUGAUAAUGUCUACCUUCAACCUUUGAACAAUUACAUCCGCGAAUCAGUCGGACGUUUUAUCGUCAUCUGGAGACACUUGAUCUCCAUACCAUCGGCAGAAGAGCACUAUGAUAUUGAUGAAUUCAACGACCUCUACGCAAAGACAAAGCCAACUCUGUACAUUAAGAUGUCAGACAUCUUUUCGGUUCAUAAAUUGCUGUCUCAAGAAAUCGGUACCAUCUGCCCCAGUCAAGAUGAUGUACUCCGCGACACCCUUCGUGAAUUGGGUAGCGUCCAGAGCAAUGAAAGUGAGCUUCGGGGUGUCAGUUCAGGCGAGAUCAGCCUUACAUUGAGCCCCAAACUCCUGAACUCGGAGGAUCCAGAUGCGGAUAUCAAGGCAUUAUUCACUGAAACAAAACGCUGCGCUCUUUACAUCAUUCGCAUCCAAUCGGGAGCUAACCUUCUUGAAAUUCUCGUCAAACCAAUCACGGAUGAAGAUGAAGACAGAUGGGAAAAUCUGGUUCGAGAUGAGCUACAGAGUGGCAACAACGGACGAGGAGCAUAUGCCGAUGCCAGCACGCAUUUGGACAUAAGUUCUUUAUCGUACCCUGACCUCAAGCGCAUCGCUUUAGAAAAUGUUCUACAGCUGGAAUCAUGUGGACGGCUUUCCCGCUCGAAUCAGUACCAAGAUUUGCUCAACACUAUCGCAAUUGACAUACGAACGAAACAUCGACGAAGAUUGCAACGCCAGCGAGAGUUGGAAAAUGUCAGAACCACUCUUGCUAGACUCAACGAACAAGCUGUCUACCUUGAGCAGCAACUCAAGACUUACAACGACUACAUUGAUCAGGCCAUGGUGACCCUACAGAACAAGAAGGGCAAGAAGCGCUUUGUGAUGCCAUUCACCAAGCAAUGGGAUCACGAACGUGAAUUGCAACGUUCCGGCAGAUCCUUCAAGUUUGGUUCCUACAAGUAUUCAGCACGAACCCUGGCUGACAAGGGAGUUCUGGUUGAAUGGCGUGGCUAUCACGAACGACAGUGGGACAGAGUCGAUCUCACUUUUUCAUCAAACGAGGUCGGAGUCUUCACCAUUGACGGCAGUUCAGGCAACAUGAUGAUCCCUGGAGCGAAUGCACAAGUCAUUCUCGACGACUUACUGCAGGCCCAAUUCAACAACACCCAAUUCAUGGAAUUCUUCGAAGGCGCACUCCGCGUCAACGUCAACCUAUUCUUGCACUUGAUCAUGAAGAAAUUUUAUAAUGAAUGA